AUGCCUCCCAGCGUCACCCUGGCGGCGGCAAAGGAGCACGACAGGCUGAUUGCAGACAGCCUGUACGAGCUUGUCGGCGGCGGGCGAGUCGGGCGCGAUGAUGACCGGUGGGUGCGGGCGCUCAAGCAGGCGCGUCUGCCAGUCAAUAUGGGCGGCAUGGGCUUGACUGGCGCCGAGGACAUUCGCGGCGCGGCGUGGGUUGGUACGUGGGCUCUCGUCACGCGGCCGAUCCGCGAGCUACACAGGCCCUUCGCCGAUCUCGACAUCUCGACCGCGCCCGGAGAGUGUUUCGACGAGCUGCGAGAGGCGCACACGCAGCUCGUCAGCAGCCACGACCUCACCGACAAGUGCCAGCGGAGCUGGCGGACGCAGGUCGUGUGCCGGGAGGUAAUGAGCCCGGGCACUGCGACCAACGAGGCGAAGGCGGAGCCGAGGUUCCGCUUCUUUCCGCACGGGCUGACGCCGGCUGCGGAGCUGCUUCCCCUGGCCCAGUUCUCGUCCACCCACGAGUGCCUGCACCAAGCGCAGCGGCGGUACACCUCUGGCGUGCACCACUCUAACUGGCUCGACCUUGCCAAGGAGCUUACCAACGAGGCGCUUCGCAGUGGCGGCCGCAAGGCGCCCUCCAAAGGCGCAACAAGGGCGCGGCAAGUGGUCUCCGUGGGAGCGACGGCAGCGGCGGUGGCGGGGGAGGAGGAGGAGGCCGAGGAGGAGGGGGAGGACGGGGAGGAGGAGGAUGCCCCCAAGGGAAAGCUCAAGGAGCUGGAUGGCGAUUACCGCUUUGCGCGGGAGCAGGAUUGCGAUCUACGUUUGUUUGAUUUUGAGGCUUUCGGAGGCUUUGGAAAGGAGGUUCGCAGCACCCUGAGGGAGGCGGCGAACCAGCUGAGCAACAAACUUUCGCACGCUCAGCACCUGGACGAGGUCACAUGGACCACCAAGAACUGGCACGGGCUGCAGAUGCAGCGCUUGUCUGUCGUCCUCCACACCGCCGUGGCGUGGCAGACGGCGAGCACGCUCGUUGGUCAUCGUGAGACGCGGCACCUUUGCGAGACGCUCUCGUUGGUUCAUCGUGAGACGGAGACGCCCUGCGGCAAGUUCUCAAUGAUGGUGCUGAUGAGGCACUCCAUAGUAUCUCGCUCUUCCAGCAGCGUUAAGGCCGCAUUAAUCGUAUUCGCUUUGCGGCAAACGCGGCUGGUUUGCGCCGCCGCUGCCCUCGGCAUUCCUAGCGUGGAUGAAAGGGAGCUGGAGAACUUGCUGAAGCAGUGGCGCAAGUUCGGCGGCGGCGACCUGGAGCCGGUCCUCGCCAGCGGCGCCGUCUCACUCCUCGACGCGCGGUGGAUCAUCAGCCACGCCGAGGCGGGCGGCGUCCUCACUCACCGCCAGGCGCUGCCCAAAGAGGCCUUCCUCUCCCUCGGCGACCUCGUCGAGGCAUGCUCAAACGGGCUGCCCAUUCUCCAGCUCUCAUGCCCGUGGCUGACCAAGAACCACCCCGACCCGAUUGGCGAGAACCUGCGCCGCGUCGCAAAGGCGCUCAAGGCCCUCACCCGGCUCGGCCCCCGCUUCACGCGGCUCGGCGUCUUUUGGGACUUCGGCUCGCUGCACCAGCACCCCGAUCCCGAGAGUGGCGUCAUGCGUACCGAUGAGGAGAAUGCACUCUUCAAGCAGGGGCUGGGCUGCCUCGGCAUGUUCUACUCCCACCAGGAAACGACCGUGCUGCGGCUGACUACGUUUCCGGAGGGCUACAAGAAGGAGGACCAGCCAGAGGGCGCCAACGUGAGCGAGUACUAUGACCGCGGCUGGUGCUUUACCGAGAGCGCGAUGGCAAGCCUCACCAAGGACUUCAGAAAGUCGCUCGACCUCGGACGCAUGUGCGACGACAAGGAGUACGCUUUCCGCUUUGAGCUGAUCGAGGACUGCACCCAGGGCGGCGGCCGGCGCCCUCCGCUGCUGCCGUCUGCGUUCGCGGAGGAGCUGGAGACGAAGAGCUUCACGAACGGCAAGGACGACAAGCCGCUCGUGAAGCAGCUGUACGAGGCCGCCUUCAAGGAGCAGUUUGGCAAGGCGACCCGGCUUACCUACUCCCGCCUCGGCUGGGGCGACGCCGAGGCGGCGCAGCUGGCUGAGGUUCUCGCGAGUGGGGCAGCGCCGCGGCUCAAGACGCUCUAUCUCCACAGCAACCAGAUUGGCGACGAGGGCUGCAAGGCGUUGGCCGCCGCCCUCGGCAAGGAGGGGGCACUGCCGCGACUCGAGGAGCUCGUGCUUCACCGCAAUCGGAUUGGCGAUGAAGGGCUCAGGGUGCUGGCCACGGCCCUUGAGCAGACGGGAGCUGCCCCCCAGCUGCAAGACAUCACCCUUGAUGCGCAGUUCAGCGCCAGGGGGAUAAACGCGCUGGCUGCCACCUCGCGAUAUCAGGUUUUCGUCGAGGGGGGAGUCAAGCAAGAGGAGGACCCGGCCGGGCAAGAGGACCCGGCCAGCAAGAGGAGGGCCCUGCCGGCUCGCCGUCGAGGGACAGCCGACAAACCUCGAGAGCACCGGCUGCUUGUGCGGCCAGGUCGGUGUAACUUUGCGGAAGUGUAA